CGAAAAAUCCGCCAGUACACAUUCUGACUUCAUUGGCGCGGCACGGCCACUCUUGAUCCGACUGAAUCGAUCGUCGAUUAUUUUUUUUUUUCGUAUAAUUAUUUUUUUUUUCAAAUUUUUCGUUCCUGUAAAUUCGACUUGAGCCCUUUCGGUUCGGUGUGAUUCAGACUUUGUUGCGUAAGCGUAAACAAAAGUCGACCAAUAGACGCGUGGUAAAUCGUUACGGAUCGAUCGAUCGAGUAGGUUGCUGUCAAUUUGUUUUUGUUAUUGUCAGUGCGAAAAAUAUGUAAACGCUCAGCGUGUCAGUGGUGUUUGGUGCUGGUGUAAGACUAAAAAUAAAGACAGGUGAUUAUAUUCUGAUAUUGUAGGCACGCACGCACACUCACUCUCGCAUCUACACAAGUCUCUCUAUCUAUCUCUAUUCCGUACAUAUAAAUAUAUAAAUUUACUUGGCAUUCAAAGUGAAUCCGAAAUAAACGACACGCGAUGCCUCUGUACUCGGAUCUGAGCCUGUACGGCAGCCCUUCGACCUCGUACUCCAGUUUGUACCUCUCCGGUCCGUACUCCAAUCAUUCCUCCUUCCUUUCCUCCUCCUCAGGCUCUUCCAACUACAGAUCACCGAUCUACGUGAAGGCGCUGCCGAGGACCUUCGCCAGAGGAUACACGCCCCAUCUGUCGACGAUCAGCGAAAGCCAAGGGAUAACGCCGCUCAGAAGGAAGUACUCGCCGAAGCUGAUGCUGCAGCAUCACGCCUCGCCCAAGUUCAAAGUACCGAAACCGAUAAAGAUCAACACCGCCGACAUCGACGUGUCCGUGAACAAGUACAGGAAAUACGAUAGGAAGAACGCGGAAAUCAAGAAGGCCAGUCCGGAGAAAUCGAAGAGUCCCAGCCCGAAAAUCGAGAUCAAAGAGGAAUCCGACAAUAAACCGAUAAGAAGGGAUCGAGCCUUGGUGCGUUUGCACACGAUCCACAAGAAAGAUAGCCCUAGGAAGAAUUUAACGACGACGACGACUCCAAGCGCAGAUACACCAAGAAGUUGGCGUCAGAACUUCUACGCCGACGAACUCAAACCCGAAGACAGACCGCCGAAGAAGACGCCAGGUGAAUUGCUAGUCGACAAAUUCUUGAUACGCACCAAAGAUGAUACCUUAAACAAGUUGAACCGUCGCCCAACCAUCAAAAGACCUUCUAAAAAUCAAUUCCAUCAGAUCUGCAGAGUCAUCUCCUCGGACACCAUCAACGAGGACUUAAAUCCGGGUCAACCCCCGGAGAUAGUCCGAAGACAGAGCAAGCAGUUCAGCAACGAUGAACUAAUUAUAUCCAACGAAAGCGUCCUCGACGACAUCAUGAAGGAGCAGCAGCAGCAAGACGAGAACAACAACACUUCGACGCCGGAGCGUAAGGGUAGUUUGAAACGCAAGAAACGCGUAACUAAAAAGAAGACAGCGGAGUUGAUUUUAGAGCCUGAGCCGAAGUCUUCUUUACAACGUAGACCCCAAAGGAAGAUUAGAAGGACUUCCACUGAUAGCAGCUUGAUGGAUGAAGACACCGAAAAGGCUUAUCAAGAAGCCAUCAGGGAUAUCUCGCAGGUUGAAGUCGAGGAGAUCAGAGCUAAACCGAAACCAAUUUUUACCGCCACAGUAGACGUGGAGCAAACUUCUAUAUUGAAAGCGGUCAUUGACGACGUGGAGAUUGUGGAAUCACCCAAUCCCAACAAAAAACCUCCCAAGAAGUUCAAGUACAACGUGGUAGUCGAGGAAGUCGAAGACGAGGAACAGCAACCAACGAAAAGCAAACUUAUCCCGGAAGAGCAAACCAAUGGGACGAUUCAAAACGCUUCACCGAAAGAAGUUAUAAACAAUAAAAUACCCUUGCAAUUGAACGAAGCCCACAUGGCGCAGAUCCUCGAAGAUAAACCUAAAUUGGUUAAGCAAAGGGCUGUCGUUGAAGCUAAAGACGAAGUUUUAGCUAAAUCCUCGAGCGCCAAUUCUUUGACUUCAAAUUUGAGUAAAGUUGAAGAGAAAUCUGUACCGAGAAAGUCGAUUCUGAAGACUUCCAGAACGGCUUCGGGGUCCCUCUUCGACGCUCCGAGAACUCCCGAUGAAGUUCGUAAAGUGAUUAGGAUCGAUGAGAGUGCGAAUUCCGAUUUGAAAAGUGAUAAGGUGAAGAAGAUGCAGGUUGAUUCGGAGGAAUUGCAAAAAAUACCGAAAUUCAAACCGAAAUCUUUGGCGGAUGUUGGAAAAUUGGGUAAAGUCAAUGAUAAGGUUUCUGAGGAGGUGCCAAAAACAUCUAAAUUUAAACUGGGUUCACCGAAGCCUUUAGCAGAUGUUCCGAAAUUAAUUAAAGUUGAUGAAAGUGUUGCAAACGAGUCACCGAAAACACCAACUACAACUAAAUUUAAAUUGGAUUCAUUAGAAGUUGUUUCCAAAUUGAAUAAAGUUGAUGCUAAGGUGGUAAACGAGUCACCGAAAACACCUAAAUUCAAAUUGGAUUCGCCUGUGGGAAAACCUUUGGAAGAUGUUGCGAAAUUGAGUAAAGUCGAUGAUAAGGUUAUCGAGGAAUUAGCUAAAAUACCUAAAUUCAAACCAUUGAAGGAAGAAGCGGGAAAAUUGAGUAAAGUGGAUGAUAAGGUUUCUGACGAAGUGGUAAAAACGACUAAACUGAAAUUGGGUUCACCUACACCAAAACCUUUAGAAGAUGUUGCAGAAUUGAAUAAGUUUGAUGAUAAAGUUUCAAUUACUCCAAUUACUCCUAAAUUGAAAUUGGAUUCACCAGUGGCAAAACCUUUAGAAGAUGUUGCAAAAUUGAGUAAAGUUGAUGAUAAAAUUAAAGACGAAAUAGCAAAGAUACCUAGAUUUAAACCAAAACCUUUGGAAGAUAUUGCAAAUGUGAAAAAGGUUGAUGAAAAGGAAUCACCGAAAACUCCAACUACACCUAAAUUGAAGUUGAGUUCACCUGCACCAAAACCAAAAGAAGAAUGUACUGGUGCAAGUAAAUUAGAUGAAAAGGUAACUAAAUCUAAAAGUGAAUCAUCAACUGUUGUAUCAAAUAAGGAGAUUGAAUCUGUGAUUGAUUCUUCAAAGUCUCGAGAGUUGUCGAAGACUCCAAGUGUGGCUCCGAAAUUAGCUCCUAAAGAGGAGAAUAAAAGUGGUGAGAACUUUUGGGAGAGGAUUGGGACUAGGGAGAGCGUUUAUUUGGAUCGUAGAAGGCAGAAUUUGCAGGAGCAAAGGAAGGCAAGUCUCAUACGAGAGGAGGAGGAAGAUAGGGAAGACAGAAAGCAGUUGGAGGUGAAACCGGCGUUUUUUAAAUCUAAAUCUGAAGAAGCUCCGAAAAUUAAGUUUGAUGAUGAUAAGAUUAAGGCUAAGAGCGAGGAAAAGGGUAAUCCCGUUGGUAAUGUGAAGAAGGAUUCAGUGCUUAAAAGUGGUGAUGGUAAAUUGAAGAAAGAAGAAGCAGAAUUGAAGAAAGAGGAGGUUGUAGUUGAUAAACUGGGAGAUAGUAAAAAGGAUAAAAGUGAUAUUUCGAAAAAUGUUGGGAUAAAAUCUAAGAAAUUGGAAAGUGAAGAAAAGGGUAAUCCUGGUGAGGACGUAAAAUUAGGAGGUAGUAAGAAGAUUGAAAGUGAUAUUCCGAAAGAGGAAGUGAUGGAGAAUAAGUUGAGAAAUGUAGGGAUUAAAUCGAAGAAAAUUGAAAAUGAGGCGAAGGCUAAGCCUGCUGAGGAAGAUAGUAAAAAGGAUACUAGUGAUGUUCAGAAAGUGGAGACUAAGUUGAAGAAUAUUGGAAUUAAAACUAAGAAAGUAGAAACUGAGGAGAAGGGUAACCCUGUUGAAGAUGUUAAAUUAGGAGAUAGUAAAAAGGAUAAAAGUGAUGUUCCGAAAUUGAAGAAUGUUGGGCUGAAAACUAAGAGAUUGGAUGAAAUUGAAGAUGUUAAAGUCGGUGAUGAUAAAAGUGAUAGAUCAAAAGAGUUGAAAAAUGUUGGGGUGAAAGCUAAGAAGGUGGAAGGUGAAGAUAAAGUUAAUGAAGAAAAGGUAAAGAAUUUGAAGGUGGGUAAACUGAGAAAAGAGAAGUCUGAAGAAACUGCGAGCAAGUUGAAGGAACCUAAAGAGUUGAAGAAGGCGAAAUCUGAAGAAGCUCCAGUGGAGAAGACCGAAGAUGAUGGUACGAAGGAGGACGAGGAGAGCGAUGCUGCGAGGGCGAAGAAAUUGAUGUCGAAAAGAUCGUUGGUCAAUAAAUCCGGUGUCCAAGAUCCCGAUUUGGAAGUGUUCGUCGUUCCCAAAGAACCGACCCCUCCACCUCCCGUCAUCAAAGAACCCUCACCGCCGAAAUUCGUUCCUCUCCAAUCGAACCGUCUGUCCGCGUGGAUGCAUCCCUUCAAGAAACCCGAGCAGUUCGACGAGUGUCCGGUGCAGAUCUUCGCCAGACCGAAGACGAUCAGACACAGACACUAUCCGCGUCCUCGAGGUCCUAGCGCGAUGCUAGCUCAGGAAGAGGCCAAAGUGGAAGCUGCUAAAUCAUCCGAAGCAAACGUUGAAGAAGACGAAGAAGAUGAUGAUGAGGAGGAAGAGACUACGUCUGAGGAGGAAGAGACUGAUGAUGAUGAUGAAGAAGAUGAUGAUGAAGAUGAUGAUGAUGAUGAAGAUUCCGAGGAGUCAGUCGACUACGAAGAGCUGAACGACGUCUGGGGUUACCGAAAAGUCGGAGCAAGUACGUCCUCGGACGAUUCAGGGUUUCACUCAUCCUCAUUAGGCAACCGAAAAAAUAAGGGAUGUUCCGAACGGGACUCGCCUACCGCCAACCCUGCCCAUAACCCCGCUUACGCUCUAGACCCGGCCGAGUUGGCCGAGGAGUUCUCACAGUCGAGUACCUUCGUAGGGUUCCAGAAGAGCGGGCGGAUAACGCCUCCGGCCACGACAAUCCCCCGCUUCCGAAAGUACAACGUCGAGGACUUCACCUUCCUCAAGGUCCUCGGCAAAGGUAGCUUCGGAAAGGUACUGUUGGCAGAAUUGAAGGACACCGAAUACUAUUACGCGAUCAAAUGCUUAAAGAAGGACGUCGUCCUCGAAGACGACGACGUCGAGUGCACGUUGAUCGAGAGGAAAGUCCUGGCCUUGGGCACCAAACAUCCUUACCUGUGUCAUCUACUGUGCACCUUCCAAACUGAAGUAAGUUUCAUAUCAUUAAUACAUUGACGACGGCAUGACCCA